UUACAACCACAAGAAUAUAAAACCUCUUCACUAUCUUCUCCUAUAUAUAUACAUAUACAUAUAGCUAGUAAGCCAGAGAGCACUUCAUCAUCAGAAGAGAGAAAUAAAGAAGAUAUGAAGGAAAUAGAAGCUCAACAACAUCAAGAACAGGAAGCACAACAUGAACAAGAGGUGCAAGUUAGCAAAACCCUAAGAAGAGUUGUGCUCACAGUGAACUUCAUUAUGAUGUUUUUAGGCUGCACAGCAAGCCCUCUCCUCCUCCGGCUCUACUUCGUUCGUGGCGGUCACCGUAUAUGGCUUUCAAGCUGGAUUCAAACUGCCGGCUUCCCUAUAGUCUUUAUCCCUCUCAUUAUCUCAUAUUAUCAUCGGCGAAAGACAGAUAAACACGCGAAACCUUACUUGAUAACACAAAACUUGUUCCUAUCAAGUUUAGGACUUGGCAUACUCAUUGGAAUCGACAAUCUUCUCUAUGCCUAUGGCGUCUCCUACCUUCCUAUCUCAACUUCUUCUAUCUUGAUAUCCACUCAAUUAGGGUUUACAGCACUGUUUGCAUUCUUUAUAGUGAAACAGAAGUUCACUGCUUGUUCUAUUAAUGCUGUGGCUUUGCUGAGUUUUGGAGCAUUGAUAUUGGGAUUGAAUUCAGAUGGAGAUAGGCCAGAAGGGGAGUCUAAAGGAGAAUACUUUGAAGGGUUUUUUAUGACACUUGGUGCUGCUAUUUUGUAUGCUUUUGUUCUUCCAGUGGUUGAACUCACUUACACAAAGGCAAACCAGGCAAUCACUUACACACUUGUUAUGGAAAUGCAACUUGUUAUGGGAGUCUUUGCCACUGCCUUUUGCACUGUUGGCAUGUUCAUUGCCAAGGAUUUUCAGGUCAUUCCCAGAGAAGGCAAGGCAUUUGGCUUAGGUGAGUUUAACUACUAUCAAGUGCUAGUAUGGUCUGCAAUUCUAUGGCAGUUCUGUUUCUUAGGUAUUAUCGGGGCAAUCCACUACACAUCGGCACUGGUCACUGGAAUCUUCUUGAUGGUGCUUAUCCCAGUGACUGAGGUUUUCGCCAUCAUCUUCUUCCAUGAAGAGUUCAAUAGUGGAAAGGGUAUUUCCCUAGCACUCUUUCUUUGGGGUUUUGUUUCUUAUUUCUAUGGAGAGUUGAAGGCAAAAAAGAAGAAGAAGAAGAAGCAGCAGCAGCUUGCAGUUUCAGUGCUGGAAUUACCAAAGGGUACUGCUUAAUUUGAACUCUUGAUAAGUGUUUAUUUAAUUAGGGUUUUUUUACUUAAGGCUUUUUUUGUUUGAUUUGUUCCUAUUUCAGCAAAUCACUUCUUAAAUUAUAACAAUGUGUGUUGGGCUUUGGUUAUUGUUAUCUAGUCUUUAAGAUACCAAUUGUAUGCAAUUAUGCAUA